AUGUUCAAGCGCUCUUUCGUAACUAAGAACCGGGCGGGCAAGAGCGUCAAGGUUGCCAAGAAGAGACACGAAGAGCAGGUAAAAGAUAAGGUGCAUCAUAGGAUGGACAGCUCCUCGAUGGGAAGUCCACUUACCAGCCCCAUCGUCACGAUGAUUGUGGGUGGGGACCAGCGUCUUUUCGCUGCCCAUGAGGACAUUCUAUCCGUUUCGCCAUUUUUCAGCGCCGCUUUCAAGGAGCAGUUUGUGGAGGAUGGUGUCAGAGAAUUGACUUUGCCCGAUGAGGAACCUGAAAUCCUGUCUUGUAUUCUCGAGUUCCUGUAUAAGGGUGACUAUUUCCCCCGCUUGCUACACGGUAAGCAUCGCCACUCUUGGUUUUUCGAGAACGCUCAGGAUGUCAACGAAACUGGUGACCGCGGGUCGAGCGAGGCAAUCUUCUUCCAUCCUGGAGUGGGAGAUAAUGUCCUCCGUGAUACUGUGGUGUACUGCGCCGCCGAGAAGUACGGCUUGGAGGAGCUCAAGCGCAUUGCUCUCCGAAAGCAGGGCCUGCAGAGUGGGAUUCCGGCCGACGUGAUUUUGCGAUCUGCUCGAUACGCAUAUGACAACACCCCGGACACUGACUCUCGACUUCGAGCUCAUUACCUGGCUCUCAUAAUCCGCAGUCGCAAGACCUUUAAGAGCAGUGGAACUCUGCAGAUGGAGAUGGAAAAGGGUGGCAAGUUGUUUUUUGACCUGUUUGUGGCCAUGUGCAACCACAUGGACGACAUCACGGAAUUGCGGUACGAUUCAUCUCUCUCGUUUUCAGAUCUUUCCUUUACUGCUGACUCCUCCUUUAACCUUGAGCCAUAA